AUGAUUAUUGUUAUGUCAGUACUAUUGGUAUUGUUUUGUGGUGUUAUUUUAUUUUAAAUAAACGAUGUCUGGUCCAAAGAAGAUGAUGCUGCGUGUGCAGUCUGCGGAGGGCACGGCACGGGUAGAAGUGCUAGAUACUGACGCAACAGCUCUGUUGUUUGAACGCGUGUAUGAGACACUCCAUCUCAGCACAUUUGGCUUCGCGUUACAUAAAGACCGACAGAAAAAGGAGGAAAUAGUCUCUAGCAAGUCGCGUAUGUUACGUGACUAUGGUCUGCAGCAUGGAGACAUGCUCUAUCUGAGCCCUGUCAAUGGAACUGUUCUUUUUGACCAACCAACUACCAGUGUGGAAGCCAACAACAAACCAUUCGGUGAGCCAGCUGAGACGGGGUCAUCUGCUGCCACAUCAUCAUUAUCAACUCCUCAUAAGGAAGUCCCGCAAGAGGAUGAAGUAGACCUACAGUUAUAUAAAAUGCCUGGGACUAUACAGCGAAGUCGUGAUGAGAAAUUGUGCAGGCACAAUUCCAAAGGGUGCUGCGUUCAUUGCUCACCACUGGAGCCCUGGGACGAGGGCUACCUGAAGGAACACAACAUAAAACAUAUGUCUUUCCAUUCCUACAUGCGCAAGAUUACAUCUGGAAAAUUUGUAUCUCUGAAUGAACUCUCGCUAGAGAUUAAACCAGAUUUAUUCGUUCUUGAUAUUCGAAUACGUAUCAAAAACGACUAUCACAAUGCACUCGGGGGAACCCGGUCGGCAGGUUGCAAGGAGCAUCCGCCGUGGCCGCGCGGCAUCUGCAGCAAGUGCCAGCCGGGCGCCGUGACGCUGACGCGGCAGCCCUACCGCCACGUGGACAACCUGCUCGUGGAGCACCCCGCGCUCGUGGAGCGCUUCCUGGCCUACUGGCGCGCCACCGGCCACCAGCGUCUCGGCUACCUCUACGGCACCUACGAGAUCCACCCCGACGUGCCGCUAGGUAACCCCACCCUGACCACCUCGUCCGCUCCGAGGCGGACUUCUCGCAACUUUGAAACUUUAUUCAUAUCGGCGAGAGAUCUCGUACCGAUAAACUGUUAUUUAAAAAAUAUAUUAGUCGUCAGAGUAACAGAUGAAAGGAGGCGGGACGGACGUCAGUGCAACCGGCCGUUUAUCUCCUACGAUCGACUCAAUAAGCGGGCCAUGCGCAGGUAUCCGCGCGCGGGUGGCGGCCAUAUACGAGCCGCCGCAGAGCUCCUCGCGGGACAGCAUCUCGCUGCAGCCGGACGCGGCCGAGCCGCUGCUGGAACGGCUGGCGGGCCGGCUGGGGCUGCGCCGCGUGGGCUGGCUGUUCACCGACCUGCUGCCGGACCCGCAGCGGCCCGGCACCGUGCAGCGCAUCCGCGGCGCCGACUCGCACUUCCUGUCGGCGCAGGAGUGCAUCAUGGCGGGCCACUACCAGAACCUGCACCCCAACGCGUGCCGCCACGCGCCCGGCGGCCACUUCGGCUCCAAGUUCGUCACGGUCUGCGUGACGGGGGACAGCAGCCAGCAGGUGACGCUGGAGGGCUACCAGGUGUCGGGGCAGGCGCAGGGCCUGGUGCGGGCGCGGGCGCUGCUGCCGACGCGCGACGCGCCCGACCUGGCGUACACGCGCGCCUCCACGCCCGCCCAGUACGUGCCCGACGUCUACUACAAGCGUUGAAUGAAAUAGAUGACCCAAAUAUUACGCAUGUGUUUGAAUUUGAAAUGAAAGAUCUAAUAAAACGCAUCCAUAUUAAAAAAACAUGA